CUGUCAUCACGCAAAAUGACAAAUCCAUAUAUUUUCGUAGAGCUUUUACAAUUUGUGUUAAAUGAUAAAUAAUAAUCUUCAGGAAAAAUCGUCUAAACAUUCAGUGACCUCAUUCCUAUCCGUAACAUGGGAAAACUGUAAAAAGCGUUUUCGCAUAAAAGAAAAUCCUGUCCCCAAUGAUGAACCUUAUGGAACUUAUAAACUGCCAAAAGGAUAUCCAAACUAUACUUCAUCAAAGGAAAAAUUAUCUUUGGCUAGAUCGCCACGAAUCAGCAACCAUACAUUUUCUUCAGACCAACGGGAUCUAGAGAGCACUCACAGCUACAAUACUGUAAUAAUUGGAAAGGCAUCAGAUUAUUUUGAUAAAUAUAAAGACAGGAGGCUAAAUUUUACAUUACUAUAUAAUACUAUGUCUUCAAACAGUCCAUCGCCUUCAUACUAUUAUGAUAAAUAUUGCGAUGAUAUUCCUGACAACGAUCCGCAAAACAAAAUUAAAGCACAACGAUCUAAAGAAGCCGAAAGGGUCAGGCACAGAUCAGAUAGUGGCCCAAAUAAGGCUGCUCCUAACCGUGAAUGUGAAUGUACUCAUCCAAACGUGAAAUGUAAACAUAUUAAAUGUCCCACAAGUGGAAAGGAAUAUGAAGUGUAUGAAAGAGUUGAUGAUGAUAAAAAGGAAAGAAAGCAUCGCAAAAAGAAAAAAGAGAAGUGCAAGUGCAAGUGCGAGUGCAAAUGCAAAUGCAAGAAAAAGAAAUACACUUGCCAAUGUUGCAUAAAAAGAGUGAGUUCCGAUUCAUGUCCAAGAUGUCUAGACUAUCACGAUCAAAUUUGCCAGAGACGUUUAGUCUAUAAUAAUGACGGAAGAUCAGUUUAUUCAGAAAGAUCUGACAAUAAGAGUAGGCAAUAUUGUCCCCAUGUCGCAGAUACUGGACCUUGUGAAUAUCAAAGGGACCAAAGGUGCCGCUGUACUUACUGCUAUCCAGUAUCAAAAGAAUCCAAAGAAAGGAAGAAGGAACAUAUUCAAGAAAAACGAUCCGUUCAUGAAUGCAAAUGUGGAGGCAAGGUACGCGUACACGAGCAUGUUCCAAUCACCAACAGCAACACUAUAGUAUAUCCGAAUUCCGAAUCUUCGAAAACAGCGUUUAAUUGCAAAGAAACUUUGGAGUCUGUAAGGAUGAUGAUCAAAAUGGAAUCCAGACAGAAUUACAGAAAUAUUACAAACAUUUUAAAUGAACUGAAGAAACAACGAAGAGAUAUUGAAGAUUUAAAAAAAUUGUACUUAAAGACUUACAAUGACCAAAAAAAUAGUGCGCAAGCCUAUGCUAUGUAUGAACAAAUUAUGAAUGCUAGGGACAAAAGUCCAAGACCUGAUCCGGACACAGCUAAAAACAAUAAAUCUAAUUUAAACGAGAAUAGACGUGGUACCAAAGUCGCUGACAACUUAGAUUUAAAACAAGGAGAAAAAAAUUCUAGCCCGUAUAAGCGAAGACCAGAUCUACAGAAAAAUGAAUUGCGUCAAACGAAUCCCACGAGUUCAGCGAAAAAGAAUGUCAAAGAGGAUGAUAGUGCAAGUGAGAAAAAUGAAAUAAGUACAGAGAAAGAAGAUAGUGUGAGAUAUGAUACUCCGCCGCCUGCGCCUUCAUCUCCAAGAAGAAGACAACAUCGUAAAAAGAAAAAGAGGAAUAUUUUUCAAUUUUGGAAGAGAUCAGAAGAUCAGUAGGAGUUGUCAUGACUCACCUAUGAUACAUAGGUAUGAGGAUAGCUGUGGACAAAUGUCAAAGGACAUGAAAAUCAAUGAGAUACAUAAAAGGAGAUGCAUUCACCACCUUCAAUAGCAAGACCACCCCGGUUAGAGUAACAAAAAUGACACAUAUGACUGUCUGUGUCUGACCAAUGAGUACCAAAUGAACCAAUAUGCUCCCGUUGCUGUUCCUGUACAACUGAAGAUUGGCAGGUGUUGUGUUGUGAUGUUCUGUCUUUAGUGCCCUACCUACGAGUGUUAUGAUCACGUUGUGUUUGUGGUCGAAGCAGUCUUGGCUCAGACGGGUUAUGUGGUUGAAGAAAAAAGCUAAGAAGGAUGUGGUGAUGAUUAUGAGGAUGGACUGUAUGACUAUGUUACGUAGAAUACUAAUAAACGAAAAUAUUGAUUAGUAUA